CGCGUCCACCACCGUCUCUGUUUCUUGUUCUCCGCCAUGGCCGCCACCUGGCUCGCGCCGACGUGGCUGCAGUCGUCUCAGACAGUGUUGGACAGGCUUACCUUGCUGGCUCAUCCUUCUGGGACAUACAAUGCGUACCGGACUGCCGACAGCGACGAACAAACGAGGAUAUGGAAGAAUACACUCGCGUAUCCCGCGGGAGUCGCGGUGGUAUCCGCAUUUGUCCUCGCUCUCCAACUCACCGCUCGUGCGACUCCCGUCAGAAGGAUACUUGCAAGACUCUCCAAGUCUGAUGUAGAGGGCGACGGCGCUGACGACAUCGAGGCUACGGGGAGCGACGGUCAACCUCUCUCACACGUUGCACAGCUGGGCGGUCCUGUUAUCUAUGGGUUCAAGGUCGUCCGCUUCCUCUCCACUCUCGCACUCUUGGGCCUGUCUAUCGCAACGCUCAUCUUGAACGACCGUAACGACGACUCGGAGUACUCCUUUGAUCCGCGUUGGGUUGCGUUUGGGUUCAUUGGGACAUACGCUUACUUGUCUUUGCUGGGAUUCGCGUCUCUGGUUACGAAUCUGCAUCUGAGCAGGCUCGUAACGAGACAUUUGGUGACCGUUCUCCUUGUGACCUGGAUCGUUUACGUGUAUCGUGAUCUCUGGCCGCUCGCGACUUUCACUCUCCAGCCUGCUGAUGCCUCAGAGGGAUCCCUCCUAUGGGCGAAGGUCGGCGUUUUGACCUUCGCUGCCGUCAUCAUUCCUCUGGUGGUGCCACGCCAGUACAUCCCUGUCGAUCCCAAGGAGCCCUCCGAGAAUGUGAACCCCGAGCAAACGGCAUCUAUCCUGUCCAUGUCUGUCUUCAGCUGGCUCGACAACAUCAUUUGGAAGGCAUAUAAAGUUCCCCACCUCCCAUACGAGGAGCUUCCACCAAUUGCAGAUUACGAUCGUGCCAAACACCUCGUUGCCAGGGCGUUCCCGAUUCUCGACCCCUUCCAAGCCGGCAAGAGACGUCAUGUCUUCUGGAGUCUCAUGACUGUCUUCCGAUGGGAGUACACGGUGCUGUCCGUGCUCAUACUUCUCCGAGUUGUUGCUACAUUCACAAGUCCCAUCGGGAUCUAUCAGCUGCUCCAGUAUCUUGAGACCAACGGGGAGGGAGCCGUGGUGCGUCCAUGGGUCUGGAUCUCGUGGCUGUUCUUCGGACCGAUCCUUGGGUCCGCUGCCUUCCAAUACUACAUAUUCAACACCACACGCAUGCUCGUCCGCUGCGAAGCCAUCAUCACGCAGCUCAUCUUCGAUCACUCGCUCCGCAUCCGCAUGAAGGCGGAAACGGUUGACACUCCCGCCCCAAGCCGUGCGACGACCGCCGCGCAGACCCCAGAUAACGCAUCCAUUGCCGAGCCCGAUCCGACGGAGGCUGAUGCAGGCGGCACGAGCUCGAGCGGAAGCGAGGACGAGACGAUCGUGCGUGCCAGCACGCUCAGCGCCACGAGCACGACAGCGACAGCGGUUGCGAAGAAGAAGGAACCCGCAAAGAAGACGGAGGAGCCUGCGCCCGAGCCCAAGAAGGAGUCGACGCCAACUGGAAACCUGAUUGGCAGGAUCAACAACUUGGUAUCAACGGACUUGAACAACGUCAUCGAUGGUCGUGACUUCUUGUUCGUCUUGCUCUAUGCGCCUGUGCAGGCUGGAUUGUCGGUCUUCUUCCUGUACUCGAUCCUUGGAUGGAGUGCGUUUGUGGGGAUGAUCGCCAUGAUCCUCCUUUUCCCUAUUCCUGGAUACAUCGCUUCCAAGAUCCAAGGUGUUCAGCAGGAAAAAAUGAAGAAGACCGAUGCGCGUGUGCAAAACGUGACCGAGACCAUGAGCGUCAUCCGCAUGAUCAAGCUGUUUGGUUGGGAGCCUCGCGUGACCGAUAGACUGGCGGACAAGCGAGAGGGCGAGCUUUUAUUCAUCCGGAAGUAUAAGAUACUCGAGCUGAUCAACGGCAACGUCAACUUCGUGAUUCCAAUCGUCACGAUGGUUGCCACCUUUGCCACAUACACUCUCGCUGCUGGCCAAGUGCUGACCGCCUCGCGCGUGUUCUCGGCUAUGGCUGUCUUUGACAUCCUCCGUGAUCAGCUCCACCAGCUCUUUGGUUAUCUGCCACCAAUCAUCCAGGCCAAGGUGUCCCUCGACCGUAUCACUGACUUCCUGAACAAGACUGAGCUCCUCGAUGAAUUUGACGAGAAGGACGCCGCGGCCGCCGAGGCUGUCGUCCCGCCCCGCACUGUCGAGAGCGACGUGAUCGGCAUUCGCGGUGCGUCCUUCACCUGGUCGAAGGACAACGACGGUUCCAAGACACCCGGCACCCCCGGCCCGAACCGCCGUAACUUCACCCUUCGUAUCGAGGAUGAGGUAACGUUCAGGCGCGGACGAAUCAACCUAAUCCUAGGCCCUACAGGGUCGGGUAAGACUUCGCUGCUGAUGGCGCUUCUUGGAGAGUUGCACUACAUUCCGAACGGCCCUGACUCGUACGUCAGCCUCCCACGCGCGGGCGGUAUCGCGUACGCGGCGCAGGAGUCGUGGGUACAAAAUGAGACAAUCAAGGACAACAUUCUCUUCGGCGCGCCGUACGACGAGGAGCGGUACAACAAGGUUCUCGAGCAGUGUGCGCUCAAGCGCGACCUCUCGCUCUUCGACGCGGGCGACUUGACUGAGGUCGGCGAGAAGGGGCUCACGUUGAGUGGAGGGCAAAAGGCACGGAUUACACUCGCGCGAGCUGUGUACUCGAAAGCGGAGAUUUUGCUGCUGGACGACGUGCUUGCGGCCCUGGACGUGCACACUGCGCGGUGGAUUGUAGACAAGUGCUUCAAGGGCGACUUGCUCCGCGGACGCACCGUCAUCCUCGUGACGCACAAUGUGGCGAUCACGAGCCCCAUUGCGGAUUUUGUCGUCUCUCUCAGUUCCGACGGGCGCGUUGCUAGUGAAGGCACGCUCUCCAAGGCCCUUGCCAAGGACCAGACGUUAUCCCGCGAGUUCGGAGAUCAGCGCGAGGAGCUCAAGAAGAGCGAAGGCGAGGUCGAUGCCGUCGAGCCUGACGACGAAGCAGCCCCCAAGAAGGGUGAUGGCAAGCUUAUCGUCGCCGAGGAAAUCUCUGAGGGGCAUGUUAGUUGGCAGGCUCUACGUCUAUACCUGUCAAGUAUGACUGGCGGCUACACACUCCUCUUCUGGCUCGGGGUGCUGGUCCUGUUGGGCUUGUGCGAGUUUUUCAAUGUCGUUGAGACCUGGUGGCUUGGAUAUUGGGCUCAGCAAUACGAGGACACCAAUCCGAGCGACGUUAAUGUGGCAUACUACCUCACGGUUUACAACGUUAUGCUCAUUACCGGUAUCACCUUGUAUUGCUCCAGCUUCGUCAUCUAUCUGUUCGGUGUCCUCCGGGCAUCUCGUUCGAUUCAUGCGACGUUGAUUCGCUCCGUGCUCAGCGCGACGUUGAGAUGGCUCGACAAAACACCCACGUCCAGAAUCAUCGCCCGUUGCACUCAGGAUAUACAGUGCAUUGAUGGCCAACUCGCGAAUACCCUCAACUGGCUCAUCGAGCUGACCGUAGCAAUGCUCGGGAAGUUCCUUGCUGUUGUCACGUUCUCCCCUAUCUUCAUCAUCCCGGGUGUCGUCAUUUCCGCCAUUGGUUCUUGGUGUGGUCAAAUCUAUAUCAAGGCCCAGCUGUCCGUAAAGCGCGAGAUGUCCAACGCCAAGGCACCCGUCCUUGGCCACUUUGGUGCUGCUAUCGCCGGCUUGACAUCCAUUCGUGCCUAUGGGGCUCAGGAGUACUUUAGGCAGGAGUCGUACCGCAGGAUCGAUAAGUAUGUCCGUGCGGCGCGUACGUUCUACAAUCUCAAUCGCUGGGUCUCCAUCCGCAUCGAGGCUCUUGGGUCUCUGUUCGCUUCCUGCCUCGCCGCAUAUCUCGUGUAUGGAGCGAAAACUAGGGCGGCGAACAUUGGUUUCUCCUUGAAUAUGGCCGUCGGUUUCAGCAGCAUGAUUUUGUGGUGGAUUCGUGUCCUGAACGAGUUUGAAGUGAACGGAAACAGCCUGGAACGAAUUCAGCAAUACGUCACGAUCGAGCAGGAAGAAAAACCUACUAGCGAUGGGAUUCCUCCCGCAUACUGGCCUGCUAGCGGGAGUCUCCGUGUAGAGAAGCUUUCCGCCCGCUACUCGGUAGACGGUCCUCGUGUUCUCCACGAGAUCUCUUUCGAGGUCAAGUCUGGCGAGCGUGUCGGAAUUGUUGGUCGGACGGGCAGUGGCAAGAGCUCGUUGACUCUCGCGCUUCUCCGUUUGAUUAUAACUGAGGGCAAGGUUUACUAUGAUGGUAUCGCCACAGACUCUGUCAACCUCGAUGCUCUCCGCUCGCACAUCACCAUCAUCCCUCAAGUCCCGGAACUUCUCAGCGGCACACUCCGCGAGAACCUCGAUCCAUUCUCGCAGUAUGAUGAUGCUGUCCUGAAUGAUGCCCUGCGUGCCGCGGGUCUGUUCUCCUUGCAGAGCGAUACGGAAGAAGGACGCAUCACGCUUGAUUCGCAGAUCUCUAGUGGUGGAAGCAACCUUUCCGUUGGCCAGCGUCAAAUACUCGCACUCGCUCGUGCGAUCGUGCGUCAGAGCAAGCUGCUCAUCCUCGAUGAAGCGACAUCUGCUAUUGAUUAUGAGACCGAUGAAGUGAUUCAAAAGUCACUUCGCGAGGAGUUGGGUAAUGAUGUUACCCUUCUUACGAUCGCGCAUCGAUUGCAGACAAUCAUGGACGCGGACAAAAUCCUCGUGCUUGAUGCCGGUCGCAUUGCCGAGUUUGGCGCUCCAGCUGAGCUUCUCAAGAACGAGAAGGGCAUGCUUCGUGCCUUGGUCGAUGAAAGCGGUGACAAAGAGAAGCUCUAUGCGAUGGCCGGCUCGAGGUGA